AUCGGCUUGUGCAAAGCGUCCUAAGCUGACGUCAGCCCGGUACCGAUGAACAACCGGUAGCGUUGAAGCGAGCCGUAUGGUUGCCCGUCGUUUGUAGCUUUUGUCCGCUAGCCCCUCUGUCAAACGUGCAGACAUCAUGCCUUUCGAUGUCAGGAGAUUCGAUAUCUACAGGAAAGUGCCAAAGGAUCUCACCCAGCCUACAUACACAGGGGCUUUCAUUUCCAUUCUCUGCUGUGUCUUCAUACUGUUCCUGUUCCUGUCUGAGCUGACGGGAUUCAUAGCCACUGAAAUUGUAAAUGAACUGUAUGUGGAUGAUCCUGAUAAAGACAGUGGUGGGAAGAUAGAAGUGAGUUUAAACAUCAGUUUGCCAAACUUACACUGUGAUUUGGUGGGUUUGGACAUCCAGGAUGAGAUGGGCCGCCACGAGGUCGGUCACAUAGACAACUCAAUGAAGGUUUCUCUCAACCACGGUGAUGGCUGUCGCUUUGAGGGAGAGUUCACCAUCAACAAAGUACCAGGAAACUUCCACGUGUCGACACACAGCGCUACAGCGCAGCCCCAAAACCCUGACAUGACCCACACCAUCCACAAGCUGGCCUUUGGAGAAAAGCUCCAGGUACAAAAAGUACAAGGAGCCUUCAACGCGUUAGGAGGGGCUGACAGGCUGUCAUCUAAUCCGCUGGCCUCACAUGACUACAUACUGAAGAUCGUUCCAACAGUGUAUGAAGACCUAUCAGGCAGACAGAGGUUCUCCUACCAGUACACGGUAGCCAACAAGGAAUAUGUUGCUUACAGCCACACGGGCAGGAUCAUACCGGCUAUCUGGUUCCGAUACGACCUCAGUCCGAUCACAGUCAAGUACACCGAGAGGAGACAGCCCUUCUACCGCUUUAUCACAACAAUCUGUGCCAUCGUUGGCGGGACAUUCACAGUCGCAGGAAUCAUCGACUCCUGUAUAUUCACCGCUUCAGAGGCCUGGAAGAAGAUCCAGAUAGGAAAAAUGUCAUGAGGACUGUUCCCCUCCCCUCCUCACACCUUAUUUAUAAGUGCAAAGUUGCUAUCCUGUUAGCUAAAUCCAAUCCUGCUCAAACCAACUUCCUUUUGGAGACUGUAUCAUCGUGAACCAGC